AUGGCUACUUCUGUUUCUGCUUCAUCAAUCGCUAAUUGUUCCAUCCCUUCAUCAUCUUCAUCAUCUUCUUCUUCAUGGUGCAUAGUCUCAUCCUCACGCGUCACGUGGCGGAGGCGUGACUCUUGUAGAGCUAUGGUUCAAGUUCAAACUGGUGCACCUGCUGCGUAUGCCAAGGAAAUGGAACGCCUUUCCGCUAAAGAAUCGCUUCUCCUCGCGUUUAAAGAUGCAGGAGAAUUUGAGGGCUUAGUCUCUGGGAAGACAACUGAAUAUCAAAGAAUUGAUGUGAAUGAGAGGAUAACUGGCCUUGAGCGGCUCAAUCCAACACCUCGACCCACGACGUCACCUUUUCUAGAAGGUCGAUGGAAAUUUGAGUGGUUUGGUCCUGGAUCUCCCGGGUUAUUUGCAGCUAGGGUUAUAUUUGAGAAUUUUCCUUCAAGUUUAGCUAAUUUUUCGAAAAUGGAUGUCUUUAUCAAGGACGGAAAUGCAAAGAUUACUGCAAACACAACAUUUUUAAACUCGAUAGAAAGCAGUGUUAUUCUCUCAACCAAGUUAUCUGUGGAGGGGCCUCUUAGAAUGAAAGAGGAGUAUGUGGAAGGGAUUCUUGUGUCACCAACAGUUCUGGAAGACAGAGUACCCGAACAGCUCAAAGGUGCACUUGGACAGGCAGUUAAUGUUUUACAACAGCUACCGGUACCUUUACGAGAUGCUCUUUCCAAUGGACUAAAGGUUCCUCUAAGUGGAAGCUUUCAGAGACUCUUCAUGAUUUCUUAUCUUGAUGAGGAAAUACUUAUAAUAAGGAACACAUCCGGGAUUCCAGAAGUUUUAACAAAAAUCGAAACAUCACCAUCGCCUCUAGGAGAAUCAAAUCUAGAGUAUGAAAGCUAG